AAUUCUACUGUAUUUUAAAUUUAAGUACAAAACCUUUGUUUCAAUGGCAUCAUUACCAAUUAUCUUGACAUAUUUGACACUUUGCGUUGUCUCCAAUUUUUUCGUAUCGGUGACUUGUAAUAAUCAUACUUCGAGUAAUAUCGGUGUUAAAUUGAUUGCCGUUCCCAGUAAUACCAAUAACUUGGUACAUUUUGCUAGCUCAAUUUCACCACGCGGUGAUGACAUUGACGUUACCCUUACUACUAAACAUACAUUUACUGUUGGACAUCGUGUUAAUGGUGAUCGUUUGUUGGAUGAAUAUGUUCAUAAUUUACUUGAAACUGGAUCUGAACAAGAUGUCAAAACCGAAAUGAAGUAUCCAAAUAUGUUCCCAAUGUCAGUCAUCGGAGUGAAAAUCACCUAUGUCGAAGUCAUCGUUGAACACUCGUCUAACUCUACUGGAAUUGCUUACGUAACUGAUGGUGGAAUCGGGCAAAAUAAAAUUACAUUCUGUAUCGAAGUUAAACAGACCAAAGUUUUCCGAGCUGACGUAAAAAUCUACGGGCAUUAAUCUGAUAAAGGAAAUGUUUUUUUGAUAUUUGUAAUAAAAUUCAGAACAGAUUAAAUCCUUUAAAAAAUAAAGAGGUUAUCCAGAAAAAAAAA